CAGUCAGAACGGAGGCGGGCACUUCCGCCACCAUGCUGCAGGUUUGACUGUGAGUCUUAGGGAAGCUCUUGUGGUUCUGUGUGCUGCUUUUUCAACUGCUGCUAGGAGCUGUGAGGAGAGUGGGUGAGCCCGGAAUCCGCACCAUGGCUGCGGUGACCUAUGAAGAUGUGCAUGUGAACUUCACUCAUGAAGAAUGGGCUUUGCUGGAUUCUUCCCAGAAGAGUCUCUACAAAGAUGUGAUGCUGGAAACGUGCAGGAACCUCACUGCUAUAGGGUACAGAUUGGAAGACCACAAUAUUGAAGAACACUGUCAAAGUUCUAGAAGACCUGGGAGAUACAUUUGUAAUUGUGGAUACAAGCCCUGUGAGAAUGAAGACCAUGGAAAGAAGCAAUGUUCCUUUGCAUGCAACAGUUUUCUUCAAAUGUAUGAAAGAAUCUACAAUGAAGAGAAAGCCUAUGAAUGUAAUCAAUACAGUAAAGCCUUUGUAAAUUUCCAUAGUCUUCCACAACAUGCAAAAAAUCACCCUAGAGAACAACCGUAUGAAUGUAAUCACUGUGGUAAAGCCUAUGUGAGUCCCAGUUCUCAGAUACACAAAAGAAGUCAUGUUGGAGAGAAACCUUAUGAAUGUUCGAAGUGUGGUAAAGCCUUUGAAAAUGACAAUCAUCUUCAAAAUCGUGAAAAACAUCAUACUCUUGAGAAACUCUUUGAGUGUAGUCAAUGUGGAAAAGCCUUUGCAAGUCGCAGUUAUCUUCCAAUACACAGAAGAAUUCAUACUGGAGAGAAACCAUAUGAAUGUACUCAAUGCGGUAAAGCAUUUACAAGUCGCAGUUAUCUCAAAAUUCAUAAAAGUGUUCAUACUGGAGAGAAACCGUAUGAAUGUAAUCAGUGUAGUAAAGCCUUUGCAAAUUUCUAUAGUCUUCGACAACAUGAAAAAUACCAUACUCGAGAAAAACCUUAUGAGUGUAGUCAUUGUAGUAAAGCCUUUCCAAGUCCCAGUUCUCUUCAAGUACAUGAAAGAACUCAUACUGGUGAGAAACCCUAUGAUUGCACUGAAUGUGGUAAAGCAUUUAUAAGUCACAGUUCUCUUCAGAUACACAAAAGAGUUCAUACUGGAGAGAAACCAUAUGAAUGUACUCUAUGUGGAAAAGCCUUUGUAAAUCGAAGUUAUCUUGAAGUACACAAAAGAAUUCAUACUGGAGAGAAACCCUAUGAAUGUAGUCAAUGCAGUAAAGCCUUUGCAAAUUUCCGUAGUCUUCGACAACAUGAAAAAAAUCAUACUAGAGAAAAACCCUAUGAGUGUAGUCAGUGCAGUAAAGCCUUUGUAAGUCCUUGUCAUCUUCAGAUUCACCAAAGAACCCAUACAGGAGAGAAACCCUAUGAUUGCAGUGACUGUGGAAAAGCCUUUACACGGCUCAGUAAUCUGCAGGUACACAAAAGAACUCACACGGGACAGAAACCCUAUUGUUGCAGUCAGUGUGGGAAAGCCUUUCCGUGUUUCAGUAAUCUCCAAAUCCAUGAAAGAACUCACACUGGAGAGAAGCCCUAUGCAUGCAAUCAGUGUGGGAAAGCCUUCGCAAGUCGUGCUAGUCUUCAAUACCAUGAAAAACAUCACACUGGAGAGAAGCCCUAUGGAUGUAGUCAGUGUGGUAAAGGCUUUGCACUUCGCAGUCUUCUUCAAGUACAUGAAAGAACGCACACUGGAGAGAAGCCACAUCAGUGCACUCAGUGCGGUAAGGCCUUUGUAAGUCGUAGUUAUCUGCAAGUACACAGAAGAGCCCAUGCGGGAGAAAAGCGGUAUGAAUGCAUUCAGUGUGGCAAAGCCUUUGUAUAUCUCACUAGUCUCUGUAGUCACAGAAAAUUCUGUGCUGGAGAGAAACCCUGUGGCAGUGCUUGAUACAAAGAUGAAUGGCAUGGUGAGUAACAUAAGGGAACAGACCCGCUUCUGGACCUAUGCACUGUAACCUUGUAGCACAUUGUUUACUCUCCUGAGAGGUAGUAGUUACAUCCCUAGCAGGGUUGAAUAUAUGUCCAUCCCAGGCCAUGUAGGCGGCCAUUCUUCCAGAGUCAGUUAUGUAAAGUUUUUACUCUUACAUUUAAUUUAAAUACAUUAAUGUUUUAUGAUUCUCCUUCAAUAAAGUGCUUAAAGUUACAGUUUUAUCUAUAUUAUCAAAUCCUCCAUCAUGAAUGAAGCACUGCUGGUAACCUUUUCUGGCAUCCAGGUAAUGGGGAAAGCAGUGGGGUAUGGCAUCAGCGAUUGGGGCCCAGAGCUGCUGACUUUUGGCAACUUUUUUUUUUUUUUUUUUUUUUUUUUUGAGACAGGGUUUCUCUGUGUAGUCCUGGCUGUCCUGGAACUCACUCUGUAGACCAGUCUGGCCUCGAACUCAGAAAUCCGCCUGCCUCUGUCUCCCGAGUGCUGGGAUUAAAGGCAUGCGCCACCAUGCCCAGCUGAUUUUUGGCAACUUAACUCUUGUUAUUCUGGGUCGUGAAUCUGCUGGUGUCUGGCAGUUUAACUGUUUCUCUCUCUGGGGCCAGAAGCUUCCGGCAGUAGGGGAUUAAGAAGAAAAGCUUAGUUAAUUGGGCUCUUUUUCCCUGGCUCAGGUCUCCUUGUUGGAUAGGUGAGAAGCUCAGAACUUGUUAACUCUCCAUGAGCCAGAGAGAAAAGAAAAGAAAGGAAGAAAUAAAGAAAGAGAACAUCAGACACACAGAGACACAUGUACACUGGGUGAAGGAAGCCGAAAAGGGCUGCACCAACCUUUGUUAUUGUUUCAACUUUUUAUAACUUUUUGGACAAAAGGUUCUCUAUUAAAGGAAAGGUUACUUCACAGAUAAAAUGUUACACAAAAGGGGAGUUGCAGAGAAUGUUCAUAGUAAGUUUAAAGCAGUGUUUCAUUGUAUAAGCUUAUUAUUAGUUCAAAGCAACAGUUUAACAUGGCUUUAUUAUAGUGCACACCUGUGGCUUCUUCAUCUUUGGACACGACUCAGAAUGAAUGUUUUCCCUUGAUUACAAAUCCGUCCCAAGCCUAUUUCAAUUCUUCGUCCAAUUUAGAAAAUCUCAUUGCAUUCCCUAUUAUGUAACCUUUACUGACUAUUCUGUGAGGAGAGGUCACAUUCUAUUCUUUUUUUUUUUUUUUUUUUUUGGUUUUUCGAGACAGGGUUUCUCUGUGUAGCCCUGGCUGUCCUGGAACUCACUUUGUAGACCAGGCUGGCCUCAAACUCAGAAAUCCUCCUGCCUCUGCCUCCCGAGUGCUGGGAUUAAAGGCAUGCGCCACCACGCCCGGCUUCACAUUCUAUUCUUGAUUCUAACUUUAUUACUUUUUUUUUCUGGCAAAAUAACUAAACUAUCUCCUUAAAUAUUAAAGGAGAUUAUUUGAAUUUGAAUAACUAGGAAUUCUAUAAAGUCAUUAAUUCUUCUAAACAGCACUAAUUUAUGAAAGUUCAUCUUCAUGUUGAUCUGCAGGAAAUUUGCCCAUAGGGUUGGCUGAUGGCCAGGAAUCAUUAGGCUAUGUAAUUGUGACAGGAAAGGCAUAUCAGCAGCAAGAAGCAAUUUUGGCAUGGUCUCUCAGGACCCUGCAUCACAGAGCAAACCACUACAGGCAUGCAAGAUGGUGGGCCAUCUGUAUAAAACUUAUUUUCUUGCUAUAGCCUUUCCUAGAUGGUUUCUUUCCAAGUGUAAGGGUCUGUGAUUCAGGAAGAAUGAUACCCCAGACUCAAACUGUAUGCAACAGCAAAGAGUAUUUAUUCUGUAGAGAAUCAGCGUGUAAGGGUCUACCAUAUACUGGGAUGGAAGACAGAGGUAUGGCUUUGCAGGGUCAAUUAGAAGCCUGUUAGGGUAGGAGUGGGUGACAUACCUUUCUGUCCCUUGAUUGUUUGGCUCUGUCUCCAGGGGUAUGGCUGCUUUUGUAAUUGGUUAAUGCUCUGGGGGACUUUUGCUUAUUUGAUAGAUUUGACUGAUAUUUGGUUCAAGCUAGGUGGUGGGGCAGCUUCUGACAGCUCCUGAUCUGCUGUUCAUGAGGGGUGGAUUUCCUUGAAAUUGACUUGUUUUGGACUUUGAAACUCAGGCCUAGUCUCCCAGACUGACAGUUUGCAGCCUUUUAUGGAGGCUGUCUGGCUCUGGCUAACUCAGUCCUCUCAAAAGCACAUUUUCCAUGACAGCAAUUUCACUGCCUAAUUGUUAAUAUGACUCCUGCAUGAACUAUGAUUCCUUUCAUAGGUAAACUACUGUGACUAAAUAAAAGUCCAGUUGUUCCUGAUAGAACAAGUUCACAAUUUCCUGUGUGUAACUAAGAGGUAUAUUGAAGAAAGGAAAUGGCAGAAUCUUUAGAGCAAGAAAUGUCAGUAACAACACUUGUGUGUGUGUGUGUAUGUGUGUGCGUGUGUGUGCACCAGCUUGUAGUAAGGAAUAGAUUGAUUAUAAUUUGAAGCUAGCACAAAUGUUAGUGCUUUGGGAUUUAACCCUUUUAUUUCUGUGGGGUAUGAAGUGGAAGGACCUCAAUCCAUUUCCCAGCUCUCGGUUGAUAUUGAUAUAGUUGCUAGACCAUGCAUAGCUGUCCUUAUAUUUAGAUUGACAUUCCUUAGCCCAGUGUUUUCUUGGAUCUAGGGCAUAAACCAUGAACUCUUAAGUAUUCAUUUGUUAUAAGAGCAAUUUAUAUAGUUUCUUUAAGUGGCCAGGUUGGCUGAAAUUUAAACACUUUGCAGACACAUGUCUUUGAACAGUAUAGAUUUCUAAAGCUGAUAAUUUUGUUCUAUGUUUUAGGUCUCAAGUUUUCUACAUAAUUUAGAAAGUCCAUAACAUUUCCUGUCUCUCUCUGAAGCCUGAUUGAUCCUUGGCAGUAUUCACUGAUAUAAUGGUUUAUAUAUGCUCUGCCCAGGGAGUGGCACUAUUAGAAGGUGUGAGCCUGUUGGGGUACGUGUGACCUUGUUGGAGUAGGUGUAUCACUGUGGGUGUAGGCUUUAAGACCAUCAUCCUAGCUGCCUGGAUGCAGUAUUCUGCUAGCAGCUUUCAGAUGAAGAUGUCGAACUCUCAGCUGUGCCUGCACCCUGCUUAUCUGGAUGCCACCAUGUUCCUGCCUUGAUGAUAAUGAACUAAACCUCUGAACAUGUAAGCUAGCCCCAAUUAAAUGUCCCUAUAAGAGUUGCCUUGGGGGCUGGUGAGAUGGCUCAGUGGGUAAGAGCACCUGACUGCUCUUUCAAAGGUCCUGAGUUCACAUCCCAGCAACCACAUGGUAGCCCAUCUGUAACGAGAUCUGACUCCCUCUUCUGGAGUGUCUGAAGACAGCUACAGUGUACUUACAUAUUAAAAAAAAAAAAAAAGAGUUGCCUUGGUCAUGGUGUCUGUUCACAGUGGUGAAACUCUUAAGACAAUUGACAUUAUCAAAAUCCAGCUGUUUUAAAAAUAACUCUUGAAUUUGAUCCCAUUUUACUUAUUUCUCAAUAGCACUUUUGAGCCUCACUAUGGAAUCAGCAUAGAGCUCAGAGGAACCUUUCUUUAAUUUUUAUAGAAGUAGAACUGAUGUCAGGUCAGCAGGACCUUUGUUCCCCAGAUGUGGAAGGAGAAUGUGGGUAGAAGGUUUUAGGAACAUUGCACUGUAAUCUUGAAAGUUCUUGGAAAUUGAUUAUGUAAAAUCCAUGUAACACAUGCUUUCCUGUAUUUAAUGGUUUCAUUAUUGAAAAGAAAAAGAAAAGAAGUCCUCUCUGAGAGAAGACAGAGAGUGCGAUCAACACA